CUUCCAACCGUACUAAUUUCGAAGUGGCGAGAAGGACGUCCAACUUGGCUUUAACGAAAGCGAGGAAGAUAUCACAGGAAAAAAGUGUUUCACUGUGAUGGUUUUGCAAGAUCUGCAUCACAAGUUUGCUACACAUGACACAGAAAAUUUGCCAUGUGCGUUUCCCAAGAAGGGAAAACACGCUUAAAAAUCCAUUGGGUUGCAGGUGUAGCAAGACAAACACGUUGGUGUUUCGUUCACUGCAUGACAAGUUCACAGUGAAACAGUUUUUUCUUGCGAUAGAAGAGCACGCAGCGGGACGGCAAUAUGACAACGGAAGUCGUCGGUCUGAACCAUCCGCAGUCGACGGUAAGAGACCAGGCGAGACGGGAAAGAAUGUAUCCUGAGUAAAUAAACGUCCUCCCCCCAUACAGUUGUCAUGCAGGUUUGCAAUGACAAGACAAUUUGUGAUGCGCAUCCCCAUGAAAGGCAUUUGCAGGCGUGUUUGAAAAUUUGUAAUGGUGUAAACGGGAUAAGCAGCUGGGUCUGUAAUGCAGAUGCCUUUGCUAACCUGCACUACACUACGGACGGCAACUUGUCAUGCGAUACAUCCAAAACUUCUGGAUUUGUGUUGCGAGAUCCCCAUCUUGACUCUGGGAUGGGAACGUUUUUCCUUAGGAAAGAAUGGAGGAGAUCUUUAUCCGCUCGGG